UUCGAAACAAAUACAAAUGGGAUUUCACAGUAUUAAAAGAAAUUAGAAGAAGCUGUACGACAUUUAUUACACAUCGUUUGUCUUGUAACUGCAGAGUGACGUUUUAGGUUUUGGCUCAUAAUUUUCUGAGUGGUCAAAAAGUAAUUUAGAGAGGAAAAGAAAGAAAGAGAAAAAAACAAAGCUUUAUAUAGAAACUGAUUAAUGAGCUGGUUUGUGGAAAAUGUAAGAAAACUGAGCAAAAAAAUAAAGCAGAGAGGGAGAGAGAAAUAGUAGUACGUUUUUGGAGUCAAAGUUUUGGCGGUAUGAGUAGUCCUGAAAUAGCAUGCUUUGGCUUUGGCAUCACGCUUUCUUCAUGUCUCUUUCUCUCUCCGCCCAUCACUUCUCUUCUGUCCCAUCUUCCGAAACUAGUAAGUUCUCAAAAGUCUUAGAUACAGUCAUUACACUUCAUCAUCUUCCCCUCAAACCCCUUAGGAAGAUUCAUUUUUCCUUGUCCAAAGAUCUUUGUUUUGCUCUAAUGGAGUGGAUUGGGAAGAGAGUUAAGUCCCGGAGCUGGCAGCGUCUUCAGGUGGUUAAUAAGCGGAAGAAGAUGGAGAUAGAAGCUCCUGUGACUUCUCCUCCAAAGAGACGAAAACAGAUAAGAAGACUAGACCCCGAUUCUGACAUUGAGGACAUCACACCUACUUACAACAACCGUGUUCCUCCUGUUCAAGAAAAUGACAGGCACUCUGCUGGUUUAAGGGCUGGGUCUGUUCAGAACAACUCUGUCAAGGAGAGCUUCUCUAGGAUUAUUAGGGAUCUGAAUGUGGGGAAAUCAGGUCCUAGCUCCUCUAAGUUCAGAGAUGGGUCUGAGCUAAACACGUGUGUGAAAGAGAGUUCUUUUAGGGUUAAUGAUUUAGAUGUGGUGAAUACAUCAGUUCCUAGCUCUUUUGAGUUCAGAGAUGUGUCUGAACAGAACACAUGUGUGAAGGAGAAGUGUUCCCCUGAGACUAGAGAUUUGGAUGUCGAAAAAUCAGGUCCGAGCUCUCCCAAGUUAAGAGAUGUGUCUGAACAGAACACAUGUGAGAAGGAGAAGUGUUCCCCUAAGAGUACAGAUUUGGAUGUGGAGAAAUCAGGUCCGAGCUCCUCUAAGUUAAGAGGUGUGUCUGAACAGAACACAUGUGUGAAGGAGAAGUGUUCCCCUGAGAUUAGAGAUUUGGAUGUGGAGAAAUCAGGUCCGAGCUCCUCUAAGUUAAGAGAUGUGUCUGAACAGAACACAUCGGUGAAUGAGAAGUGUUCUCCUGAGAUUAGAGAUUUGGAUGUUGGAAUACCAGUUCCGAGCUCUUCUAAGUUAAUAGAGGUGUCUGAACAGAACAUGUGUGUGAUGGAGAUGUGUUCCCCGGAUACUAGAGGUUUGGUUGUCCAAAAAUCACUCCCUGGUGAAAUAGAGAUUCUUUCAGAUUCUGAGUCUGAAACUGAAGCCAGAGCUCCAGCCAAGAAGAAGCUUUUUGUGGACAGUAGCAGGAUUGUAGAAUCUAUCAGUGAUGGCGGAGAUAGCACAAGUGAAUCUGAGGGAGAGGAAGAAGAAAAUCAAGAGAGUGAAGAGAAUAAUACCAAAGAUGAUAUAUCAGUCGAGUCUCUAUCUUCUGAGGAUCCAUCUUUUUCAUCAUCAUCAUCAUCGCCUUCAUCUUCAUCUUCUUCCUCGAGUGACGAUGCAUACAAUUUAAAGGAGGUGGUUGAAGAUAAUACUGAUGAUGAUGAUUUCUUAAAGGUCAGUUCACCAGUCAGGAAUGUCUCUAUUGCGGAAAGGAAGCCUUUGGUAAGGUAUAAGAGGUCUGGUUCUUGCUUAACCAAGCCUAGAAAAGAGUACAAGAAGAUUCGGAAAUUAAACCGUCAAGAAGACGAAGAAGAACGACUUAAAGUAGUUGAAAUAGUAACAAAGCCGCCGAGCAACCCGGUGUUCACUUGUGCUCACUGUGGAAAAGAGAAUACAGGAGUUCUUGAAACUCACAGCUCUUUCAUCCAACCACAUGCAUUAAGAGAUGAAAUUGAGGAUGUGAACAACUUUGCUUCUACUAAUGCAUCAAAGUAUGAAGAUUCUGUUUCCAUCAACUCUGGGAAGUCACUUGAAGAGCCAUCAAGACCUAAACUGGAGAAUCCAAAGACAGGAAAAGAAGUGAAAACACUUGUGAAUCUAUCCACAUCCAGACCUGAAAUUUUCACUUCAGGGAAAUCUAAAGAGGUAGAAGCACCUGAAAAGCCAUCCACAUACAGACCUGAUAUUCUUAGUUCAGGGAAAACAAAAGAGGUGCAAGCACUUGAAAAGCCAUCAAGACCUGAAAUCAAGAAUUCAGAGAAAAGAAAAGAGGUCCAAGGCAACAACAAAUUGGGGUCGGUGAUACCUGCAGUUGCAGUUGCAGGGGGAUUAAGUAAGUCUCUUUUGGCUAAUGAACCACUUGACGGCCAGUCUGAUUCUUCUAUCAGCUCUGCAGAUAAAUCUGGAUAUGAAUCUGACCCUUCUUUAAAAGAUAAAGAGAUCAAGACUAAUAACAACUCGGACUGGAGAGUAUUAAAUGGAAACCAUAAAGAAGUUGAUCUCUUCCGGCUUCUUGUGAACUCUGUUUGGGAGAAAGGUCAAUUAGGAGAUGAAGAAGCAGAACAACUAUUUUCUUUACCUGGGGACCAGUAUCAAGAACAUUCUAUGGAGGAUCAAAGAAGAUAUGAUGAUGAUGGACUUCUAAUCAUUAGGCCACCACCAUUGAUAGAGAGAUUUGGUAUGGAGGAACCUCAAUCACCACCUGAGAUUUCUGAGUCGGAUUUGGAGGUACAGAAGCUCUGGGAAGAACUAGCAUUUUACAAUAAAUCUAUCGACGUCAGCAACGAGGUCCCUUCAAAUGUCGAGAUUGAAAUAUCAACUGAUGAAACUCCAGCAGCACAAUGUAGAAAAGGAAAUCACGAUCUGUGUCUUGAUCUUGAGAUUGGUUUGAAGUGUGUGAACUGCGGCUUCGUGCAGAGAGAGAUCCGAAGCAUGGAUGAAUCUGAGUGGGGAGAGAAGAUCACAAGGGAAAGGAGAAAGUCUGAUAGAUAUGAUGAGGAAGAAUUCAGCAACCUCAUUGGGAAACUUGGGAUUGAAGCUCCUAACAUGAACAGCUUAGAUGGGGGAUGUGUUUCUUCUGAAGGAACCGUUUGGGAUAAGAUCCCAGGGGUCAAAUCUCAAAUGUAUCCUCACCAGCAAGAGGGUUUUGAGUUUAUUUGGACGAAUUUAGCUGGUACAAUCUUUUUGAACAAGCUCAAGGACUUUGAGAACAGCGAUGAAACCGGAGGAUGCAUCAUGUCACACGCUCCCGGGACAGGAAAAACUCGCCUGACCAUCAUUUUCCUUCAAGCCUACCUUGCAUGCUUCCCAGAUUGCAAACCAGUGAUCAUUGCUCCUGCAAGCUUGCUUCUCACAUGGGCAGAGGAGUUUAAGAAAUGGAACAUAAGCAUUCCUUUUCAUAAUCUCAGCAGUUUGGAGUUUACCGGAAAAGAGAACGCAGCAGCGCUGGGACUUUUAAUGCAGAAGAAUGCCACUGCUAGAAGCAAUAAUGAGAUAAGGAUGGUGAAAAUAUACUCUUGGAUUAAAGCAAAGAGCAUACUCGGGAUCAGCUACAACCUCUAUGAGAAGCUUGCAGGAGUUAAAGACGAGGACAAAAAGACUAAGACGGUGAGAGAAGUAAAACCAGACAAAGAGUCAGAGGAUAUCAGAGAGAUUCUUAUGGGAAGGCCUGGAUUGCUGGUUCUUGAUGAGGCACACACGCCUAGAAACCAGAGAAGUUGUAUCUGGAAAACACUAUCUAAAGUGGAAACACAAAAACGUAUCUUGCUUUCUGGAACUCCUUUUCAGAACAACUUCCAGGAGCUGUGCAAUGUUUUGGGACUCGCAAGACCUAAAUAUCUGGAAAAGCUCACAGCCACACUCAAGAAGAGUGGGAUGACUGUAACUAAAAGAGGAAAAAAAGCUUUGGGGAACGAAAUCAACAACCGUGGUAUCGAAGAACUGAAAACUGUUAUGCUUCCAUUUGUGCAUGUCCAUAAAGGAAGCAUUCUUCAAAGGAGCCUCCCUGGUUUGAGAGAAUGCGUUGUGGUGUUAAACCCACCGGAGCUACAGAAGAGAGUCCUAGAAUCCAUUGAAGUCACUCACAACCGGAAAAAAAUAAACGUGUUUGAAACAGAACACAAGCUGUCUCUAGUCUCAGUCCAUCCUUCUCUAGUAUCUCGCUGCAAACUUUCUGCCAAGGAAAGUUUGACCAUCGACGAGGCAUUGCUUGCACAGCUUAAGAAGGUAAGACUCGAUCCAAAGCAAAGUGUGAAAACGAGAUUCCUCAUGGAGUUCGUUGAGUUAUGUGAGGUGAUAAAGGAGAAAGUGUUGGUCUUCAGCCAAUACAUAGACCCAUUGAAACUGAUCAUGAAACAUCUGGUCUCUCGUUUCAAGUGGAAUCCAGGGGAGGAAGUGUUGUACAUGCAUGGCAAACUCGAGCAAAAACAGAGACAAACCUUGAUCAACGAAUUCAAUGACCCAAAAUCCAAGGCAAAAGUGUUCUUAGCUUCAACAAAAGCCUGCUCUGAAGGGAUCAGUCUGGUAGGAGCAUCAAGGGUGAUUCUUUUGGAUGUUGUGUGGAAUCCAGCAGUCGAAAGACAAGCUAUAAGCCGUGCUUACAGAAUCGGGCAGCAGCGGAUUGUUUACACAUAUCACUUGGUUGCAAAAGGAACUCCUGAGGGGCCAAAGUACUGUAAGCAAGCACAAAAGGAUAGAAUCUCAGAGCUGGUGUUUGCAUGCUCUUCGAGACCUGACAAAGGAAAAGAAAAGAUUGCUGAAGCUGUGACAGAGGAUAAAGUGUUGGACACUAUGGUGCAGCGUUCGAAGCUUGGGGAUAUGUUUGACAAUCUUAUAAUCCAACCAAAGGAAGCAGAUUUAGUUGAAGGUUUCAGCAUACUCAUGCCCUGAGUCAUCAUCACCAAAACUCUUGGCUUCAUCUCUUCACCCUAUAUAAUAGUAUAAUAUGCUUUUUCAUCUUAUCAAGACUUCCCAAUAUAGUAAUGCAGAAAACUAAGUUUAAAUCAUGCUUUAUUUCUGUUUCUCUAGCUUCAAUCAAAACUUUGACA